AUGAGCGCACCCCCUUCACCCACCCUCUCCGACUCGGCUCUCCUCGAUUCAUUAGAGGACGACCCCCGAUUCGACCUUUCUGCGCACCGCGAACGGCGACUCGAAGAGCUCCAGAGAGAGAUCAAGAAGGUGCAGACGUUGCAGACGAGCGAGUAUGGGCGGGUGGUGACGUAUGGGGAGGAGAAGAAGUUGAUUGAGCGGAUGGCAAAGGAGAAAUACUGCCUCCUGAACUUCAUACAUCCAGACUUUCACCGCUGUCGGAUCAUGGACAAAAGACUAGACGAACUCGCCCCCAAAUACCCCCACACCCUCUUCCUCUCCACCUCCGUCUCCUCGGCCCCCUUCCUCGUCUCCAAAUUCUCCAUUCAGGUCCUUCCCUGCGUCCUCAUCUUCGUCGACGGCCGGUGUGUCGACAGAUUAAUAGGCUUCGAGGAUCUAGGACACGAUGAUGGGUUCUCGGCCCGGGCAUUAGAGGUGCGCCUGAAGGAGAGUGGGGCUUUGGUUAGUGGGAAGAUUACGCUAGCUGGGCAUUUGGACCAGAAGCUGUUGGGCGGCGGAGCUGGGAGUAGGGGUGGUGGAAACGAGGGGGAGGACGAGGAAGAUGAUGACGGGGAAGAAGGGGGACGGGCGGGGAAUUCGAGAGGGAACGGAUUGAGAAGGGGGAAGACGGGGAUAAGGGAUGGGUUGGCCAGUGGGACGAGAGAUGCGGAUGAGUGGGACUGA